CACGGCACGUCUAGCCUAGCGGUGCUGCGCCAUGCCUCUCACGUCUACAUGACCGGUGAGGAUUUUGAAAAACUGUUUUUCUCUGGAAGAUAGUUCCAUCAAAAAAAUUGUUUAUCGUUUGAUUUUCUCAUAUAUUUUUCCUGUCCGGAUAGCAAACAUGUCUUCUGAGAAGGUCCGCACGAAGACUCUCCGAGGCAAGAAGAAGGAAGACCUCACCAAGCAGCUGGAGGAACUGAAGCAGGAAUUAGCCAGUUUAAAAGUCGCCAAAGUCACCGGAGGCGCUCCUGCCAAGCUUGGAAAGAUUGGUCUGGUGCGGAAGUCGAUCGCCAGGAUAUUGACUGUGAUUAGUCAGACGCAGAAAAGCAAUCUACGGAAAUUUUACGCUGGAAAGAAAUGGGUUCCCUACGAUCUGCGACCGAAGAAGACCCGCGCCAUCCGCAAGGCCCUCACCAAGUCAGAACUAAACAUCAAGAACAGGAAGCAGCGACGAAAGGCGGCUUUGUUUCCCACUCGAUUGUACGCCGUUAAAGCUUGAUUCUUUGUUCUUCGACUUAUCUGGAGCUGUUCUGCCACCUUACAACUUUGUCAUCUGCAAGUGGGUUUUUAAUAAAUGUGCUCUGAAGA